AUGCGUGGUCUUGCUCUAUCGAUCGCUGCUACGGCCUUGGCCGACCUUGCAGGCGCACUUCCUGCGGCCUCGAGCUCAGCUUCUGAGGCGUCCUCGUACACAUCUUCAUCGUCCAUUCCGCUGCCAUACACGCCUUCGGGAGGACUGGAUACCAACGGAUCUCUCCCGGUCUACGCGCCUCUGACCGAUUUCGACUAUCAGUCACUUAACUUGGGACUCUACCAGGAGCUCAUUGAACUGGAUUUAUUCCAAAACGGUCUCGCCAAAUUCUCUGCCGAGGACUUCCAGAACGAGGGCCUGAAUGCCGAUGAUUUGUAUCUUCUUCAGUUCAUGGCUGAGCAGGAGGUUGGCCACGCUACAGCCAUCGCAGACAUGCUAGGACCCAACAAUGCAUCAGUGGCAUGCGAGUACUCGUACCCUUUCCAAACCGUACAGGAGUUCCUGCAAUUCAGCGAGUACAUCACGCGUUUCGGCGAAGCCGGCACAUAUGGCUUUCUCGAACACCUGAACUCGCGUGCCGCCGCACAAAUCGUACUUCAGGCCAUCACAACUGAGGCUCGACAGGAGAUGGUCUUCAGACAAUUCCAGGGCAUCUUCCCUAUGCCAUUCUGGUUCACGUCGGCCAUCACGCAAAGCAUGCAAUGGACGCUCAUGGCGCCCUACAUCGUUGGCUGCCCCGACAAUAAUACUCGCGUCCAGUUCCAAAACUUCCCUGGUCUCAACAUCACGAACAGCCCGAACGUGACGCAGCUCACAGCCAACUCCUCGGCAGCUGUAUCGAGUAACGAGACAGAUUGGACGACUCCGGGUCAGACGAUCCAUCUCGAGUGGGAGAACCCGGGAAAGUCGGUGGGUCCGAACAACUCGUACACGACCAACACCACUGCGGGCGAGCCGAAGUUCGUCGCGUGGAUCUCGCAACUCAACGUCACGUACACCCCCCUGACGAACGUCAGCGGGAAUAGUGGCCAGACGACUCAGCCCAACCUGACAAUCUACAGCGAGUCGAAGUAUUCGAAUGGGAGCACGGCGCCGCUCAUCAACGGCACCGUGUUCGUACUCGUCACGGACGACGACGUGCCCGUCACCCCCGCGAACCUCACGUUCUUGAAUCAGCACGUUGUUGCUGGUCCUGCAGCCUACUUCUCGGGUUGA